CCCAUAUAAUAAUCUUCGCCGAUCAAAAUUCCAUUGCUGCAGUCAGAAGCAUCAUGAUAAGAAGAGGUGUGCAGGGAGGAAAACAAGAUGAAACAGACCGUUUGCCUGCAAAUGUCAUAGUACAUGCAUGAAUUGUUGAUUUGAGUUAUAAUACAAUCAAGCACGGAUAUCAGAACUGUUUGAAUGCCAUUCGUCUCUGACAGAAAAACAAAUGGGGCACAAAGGAAGUAAGCUCUCACAAGAUGAAAUUCGCAACCUACAAAAGGCCACUUACUUUGACAAGAAAGAAUUGCAAAAAUGGUAUAGAGAUUUCAUGAAGGACUGUCCAUCUGGCCAACUUCAUCAAGAUGAAUUCGAAAGAAUUUACCAGCAGUUCUUUCCUUUCGGGGAUCCAUCAAAAUUUGCUGCUUUUGUUUUCAAAGUUUUCGAUAAAAAUGACGAUGGGUCUAUCAGCUUCACCGAGUUCAUCACUGCAUUGUCUAUUACGUCACGCGGAAGUCUGGACGAGAAACUUGAGUGGGCAUUCUCGUUGUAUGACUUAGACAAGGAUGGUUACAUCACAAGAGACGAAAUGCUUCAUAUUGUCGAAGCUAUAUAUCGUAUGGUGGGUAAAAUGGUCGAUCUGCCAGAAGACGAAGAUACACCGGAAAAAAGAGUAGACAAAAUUUUUCAUAAAAUGGACAAGAAUGAUGAUGGUAAGCUUACGAUGGAGGAAUUUAGGGAAGGGUCCAAAUGUGAUCCAUGGAUUGUUCAGGCCUUAGCAAUUGAAUUACCGGAGCAAGACCUCGAUGGGGACGAUAAAGGACGAUGAGUAUUUAAUGAGCGAUGGUAGCACAUCAACUUUUUAAUAAAAAUCUGUAUUUUGCACGCAUUUACUAUGUAAUUUCACACACUGCCCCAUGUUUGUCAUUUGACCCUUUUGAAAUAUUUAUUUCAUAUAGUGCGUUUUUGAUUUGAAUUCAAAUAGUAUGAAUAUCAUCUUUUACAGCUGUACCCUAUUUGGCAAAAUAAAUCCCAGCUGUACGCAGCAUUCCUGACAUCUUCUGCCCAUAAAUAUUAUUUUUUGCUAUUUGAUUUAUAUAUCAAUAACCAUUAUUAAGAUCUCAACAUUAAUGAUAUUGUAAUAUAGCCAGUUCUAUACAAUUCUGGCUAGCCCUUAAAAUACUUAUUUAUAUCAUUGUUUUACAUGGAAAGACUUGAUGGGGCUUUCUUUGAAUUGAAGAUGCCAUCUUCAUGCUUAGCCGCUUAAUCGCUUAACCGCUUUAUGUGCUAACAAAUUCCUAGAAAAUUUUCAAUGAGUUUCAAUUACAUAGCCAUAAUGUAAAAUAUCUCCCCCCAAGCAACGUAUUUUGUCAAACGCUGCAAUUUUGAUAGAUAAUUUUGAAAAAAUCAGCGCAUUGUUAAAAAACAAUUUACAAUUAAAGAUAACCUUUUUGCAUCUUAUGUUGUAAGCAGCUUUAGCCUCCUCUAAUCACAAAAACGUCCUUAAAAAUUCUUUUAUAGCAACAUCUUAAAACUAUCCCCGUGAAGUUGAACGUCAACUUUGCAUCGGAAAGUAAAAUUUUCUUUAACUUCGCUGAGAACUGAAAGAGUGUCUCUAAAAAUAGUCGAAAUUGUUUUUCUGAUGGAGACUUUUGAUGAGAGUGGGGUCAGCUGGCGAGUAAACCUUACAAACUCAUUGCCAUUUUUUCUGAACUCGAGAGAAUAAAUCGACUCGAGCGGAUCAAUGGGAUUUUCUAAAGAUAGUGUGCUGACAAUGCUCAAGUACUUAACAAGGGGCGAGCGUAGUAGGCGUCUAAGGCUUUUGGUCCUUUUCAACUUUUUCCAUAACUUCCCUGCUUGAACUCAUUGUGAAUAUUAAACUUCCUUCAGAAACUACUCUCCCUUCUUAUCAUUCCCAAAAUUCAUUCAAGUCGAAAUACAGUGGAAUUCUUUGUACGUAGCUUUUGUUCAGUUAUCGCUUUCAAUCUUAUUUGUUCAAUGAAGUUUAUAAAGCAUUAUGUUAGUUCUUAAGCUGUAUUUGUUUGAAUAUUUAGAAUCUUAUGCUCUUAGUCAUACGAACGAAAUGUAUUAAAUGUAUUCAUUGAAUUAUUCAUCUUCUUAUGUACUCAUGCUA